UGAAUACUCGCUUGACUUCAAGAUCUCAAGACCUGGGCUCAAAGGUCGAGAUCAGCCACAGUUGUUUGUUGACCACGAAAUAGCUUAUAGCUACCGACUCCAUUCCUUCUACUUUUUGGUCUGUCUAGUACCACUACUAAGGGGAGACUGCCAAGUUCAUCUAGACAACAUCCUCACAUCCAUCAAACACGUCCGAUGCCUCCUGCGUCUGCCACGAAGAUGCACGGCCUCUGUCACUCAUAUUUCACUAGCUCCCGGCUCAUGUAUCCGACAUCAAUCACGGGUUACCCCACUAUAUGAGACCGUAUUCAUUGCAUAUACUCUGGUUGGUUCUGCCAGCUCAGCGCGAUGGAAACAUCCACACAGUUUCGUUACCAACCUCUAUCCACCAGCAGUUCCAUCAGGCUCCUUCGAAUUCGCAAAUUCGUUUCCAUCUUGGAAUAUGACCUCAUCGAGGCCGACCUUGAAAAUAACCCCGUUUAUGAUGCGCUGUCCUACACCUGGCAGCUUGAUAAACAUUCAAGCACGACAUCCGGAAUUGAUUCGGAGCGUGGAGGCUCUAUCAGCUGUAAUGGGAUGAACCUCAACGUGACUGCCAACCUUCUAUAUGGCUUGCUUCGCCUGGAGCGGCUUCGCCAGGAUACGUUGAUCUGGAUCGAUGCUAUUUGCAUCAAUCAACAGGAUCUAGAAGAACGCGGCGCCCAGGUCAACAUGAUGGGCCGCAUCUUCGGUUCUGCACGUACGGUGGUGGUUUGGCUCGGAGAGCCGUCAAGUGACCCCGGGGUACAGUCCGUCGAAGAGAUUGUCCGAUUCAUGGAGCAGCUGCCCUACAUCAGGGAGGAGCAGUUCGAAAGUGUGUUAGAUUAUAAGGACGCCGCCAUCGCGGCCUUGCGUGAGAUGACCAUCGUAACCCACACCAGUGACUGGCUUUCGCUCGGUGACUUCUUCUUUACAAUAUCAUGGUUCCAGCGGUGUUGGAUCAUCCAAGAAGUUGUUCUCGCUAGAACCAUUGAGGUUUAUCAUGGACCAACCCAGAUCCCCUGGGAUGUGGUGCAAAAUGCUGCACGACUCCUUGACGUGGUCCGCCGCCAGCACUCCUUCUGGCAAGUAUGGCGGGAGAAAGGGGCCAUCGUCCUAGGCUCGAUCCCUAUAAUACUUCUUGCACGCGAGCACUGCAACCGCGGCAAGCUCUGGCCGCUCGAGACGAACCUUGCCCUCAGUCGCACCUACCAAGUCACCGACCCGCGUGACAAGAUCUUUGCACUGUUUGCCAUAUCGGAUAGGUCGUCGUUGGAGUCGCCAGUGGUGGAACUCGACGUGUUCAGCGCGGAUUACACCAAAUCUAUUGACCAAGUCUACAUGGAGUGCAGCGCACGCCUGGUCGAGGGUCGGACAGGGUACGCUGUCCUCUCCAUGGUAGAAGACCGCUCAUACUCUGCACCUCGCCCCAUCCCUUCGUGGGUGCCGGACUUCAGCGUUUUACCGAGCCCCCCACCGCUCGCAAUCCAUGGGCAGUGCCCUUUUUCUGCGGGUGGAUUCACCAGUCCUCUAUCUACCCGACCCACCGUCUCCCCUGAUUGGAAAGAGCUGUGCAUCCCUGUCGCCGUACGACUGGGCCGUAUUUCCCGCACGUCAGAGACUGGGCAAGAGAUGUAUUCCCUUGAGCGUAUGACACAUUUCUUCCGCCUGCUCGCUGAUCCAGCCCUACGUCUCGCCAAACUCGCAACUCCCGCAGCAGCAGAGGCCCUGUGGCGCACCCUCAUCUCCGACCUCGCCGACCCCGCUAGGGAGCGGCGCCCCGCGCCUGCUGCCCUUGGCGCCUCAUUUGCCCAAUGGGUCACCUACCUCAUCCUCCGCGCUCUCGACACUGCCUCCCAUGCUUCUGUACAUGCUGCUGAUCAUUUCCCAGAUGGAGAGUCUCCACCUGGACCCAUCCCUAUCGGUGACUCUCCCCUGCGUGAUUUUAUAUGGUCUGCCGCGCACGCUACGGCCCUGCGGUCUGCUCCACCAGAGUACCGUUACUCCGAGGUUCAUGCUGCUGUGAACGAUUUCAUAGCAGUAUGGGAUGGUGCAAUACCCUUACGGGAGCUGCUGGAUGCGACGAGGGUGGCUGUGGCGGCAGGAGACAAAGCCCCGCUGAAGGUGACGCACAAUUUUGUGAGAACGUUCUUGUGGAUGUGCUCUGCGAGGCGGGUGUUCAGCACAGAGCGGGGAGAUCUGGGGAUUUCACAUCAAAGUGCGAGGGUCGGGGAUGAGGUGGUAGUGCUGCCGGGGGCAGCGGUGCCGUUUGUAGUGAGGGAGGUGGAAGGCGGGGCGUAUAUCCUGAUUGGGGAGGCCUUUGUGCAUGGAGCCAUGGGAGGGGAGGCGCUGGAGAGGAGGGGACUAUUGUAUUUGGAGGAUCUGCGCUUGGUGUGAGGAUUGAAUAUUGACCUAUGUGGCACAUUUACAAUCUUGUUUGGGACAGCAUCUUCGGUGUGACGAAUAUUGAUGCUACGAUCUUUCCAUAGGUACCCCUGUUUAGACAUCGAGCUCGUGCUCAAAUAAUAUUGGUUUUUUCCUC